AAGAAAAUUAAGGUUUAUAGCCUCGUUCAGCUACUCACGGUGGCUAGCUCUAUCCUGUCGGUUGUUCAUGGGUCUUCAAGACCAGGGUCGUGUUGCAAAGAUUGCAAAAAUGAUGGACACCGUGAGCUUAGGACUUCAUUCUUUUCCAGCCCUGAACUUUCCGGGAAGCGCAUUUUAUCGUGCAACAAAAGCAGCCAAUGCCAUAAGAAAGGAGAUUCGGCUGUUGAUUAAGGAGAAGAAAGAAGCUAUAACAAGCGGAGCGCAAACGCAUGAUUUCCUGUCCUACAUGAUUUGUAGCACUGACCCAACUGGCCGGUUUAUGCCGGAGCAGGAAGUUGCUGAUAAAGUAAUGGGUCUGCUGGCGGCAGCAUUCAACUCGCCUUCCAUAGCUACAACUUUCCUCAUGAAAUAUCUCGGAGAAAGGCCCGACAUUUACGAAAAAGUCCAAACGGAACAAAUAGAGAAUAUUGCAAGCCCCAAACGAUCUGGAGAGGCACUUAAUUGGGACGAUAUACAAAAGAUGAAAUAUUCAUGGAAUGUAGCAGUUGAAGUGAUGAGAUUAAAACCACCUCUUCAAGGAACAUUUAGAGAGGUUAAAGCUGACUUCACUUAUGAAGGUUAUAUGAUUCCCAAAGGCUGGAAGAUCUAUUGGACAGUUAGCACGACAAAUAAGGACCCUGAUAAUUUUCGUGCACCAGAAGAGUUUGAUCCUUCAAGGUUGGAGUUAAAAAACACUCUGCCUAAUUACUUGAGUAUCCCAUUUGGGAGCGGUCCACGAAUCUGCCCUGGAAAGGAGUAUGCUCGGGUGCAAAUGCUAUGCUUUCUCCAUAAUGUCGUGAAAAGAUUCAAAUGGGAGCUAAUAAAUCCUAAUGAGAAGAUUAUAGGCUGCAGUAUGAAUCCUAUACCAGCCCAAGGCCUUUUGGUUCGCCUCCAACCUCAUUCUUCAUAAAUAAUUUACCAUAUGGUUUAUUUAUAUGGCAUUAUAAUAUAUAAUCUCAUUUUCUGGAUGUAAAAUAACCAGUACUGUACU